AUGUCUGCUUCGCGAACGGAGCUUAUCGGCUGGAUUAACGAUUUGCUAGACUUGAACUAUACCAAGGUGGAACAAUGCGGGACCGGUGCAGCGUAUGCGCAGGUAAUCGACUCCAUCUACGGUACGUGUAUGCGAGCCACACUUACGCUAGGCAAUGUGCCCAUGUCGCGCAUCAACUAUGCCGCGAGGCACGACUACGAGUCCAUGGGAAAUUACAAGAUUUUGCAGAACGUGUUUCAGCGGAAUCGUAUUGACAAACCGAUUCCUGUGGACCGUCUGGUUCGAUGCAAAAUGCAGGACAAUCUCGAGUUUCUCCAGUGGCUGAAAAAAUACUGGGAUAUCAACUACGCCGGGGAUGGGUAUGAUGCUGAAGCACGGCGUGCAGGUCACCCCGGCACAUCUGCGAGCGCAGCAUCCGUGCGGAGAGUCGGUUCCUCUGCAGCGCAAAGCCGUCCGAGUGUAGCGCCGCGACCAAGCGUCGGUCCACGUGCAAGUGUCGCGCCGCGCCAAAGUGUCGGUCCGCGUGCGAGCGUAGCACAGCGACCUCCUGCAGCGCCGCGUCAGAGUGUUGCGCCGGGUGCCGCGCGGCGCAUGUCUGUUGCAGGGCGCGGCGUUCCUAUGCGGGGUCAUGCUGCUGCGCUUUCCAACGAAACGAUCAACCAAUUGACUGCUGAAAUUGACGAGAUGAAAAUAAGUGUGGACAGCCUCGAGCGGGAGCGCGACUUUUACUUUGGAAAGUUGCGCGAUGUGGAAGUGAUAGUGCAAGAUCGGCUGACGGAGCUGGAGAAGAGUACGGAAGGCAAGGACGAGCAGGACGCUGCGGAGCACGGUUUGCUCAAGCAGAUUCAAGCGGUGCUGUACCAAACAGAGGAGGGGUUCGAGCUGCCGGACGCAGCAGGAGAGGUGCGGCUCACUACAAUACUCACACCACAGCCAGAGCCACUGGACGAGACAGAAACAUUUUGA